AUUGAUGGUUAGCUGAUGGGGAUGGAAUUCUUUUCAACUAAAAGAAGGUUCUGGUUUGCUUUGAAAAUGCGUACUCCACGCUCGGUUUCGAGAAGCUCGCCCGUGGCAUCUCCCGCCCCAGACCUCUCCUAUCCACCAGGGUUGGGGGUCAACUUCGACGAUGUAAUAAGAAAUUGGGACAAACUGCCGCUGGAGCGGAAAAAGGCUGGUGAUCAAUGGUCUGCUGUGAUCAACCCGGACAUAGACAAUAACUGGGAGAUAGACCUGCUCCAUAGUCUGACACACGACAGCAUUGUCAACUGUGUCCAGUUCAGUAAUGAUGGAAAAUAUGUUGCUGUUGGAUGCGCAGAUGGAACAGUGCAGGUAAUUGAAGUUUCAACCGGAGUCCAGGUGGCUCGUCUACAAGACGAUGAAUACAGCCACGACUGUCUCUGCGUAAAAGUGAAGUUUUUACCGGACAACUAUCUUCUGCUUACAGCAAAUUGCGAUGGUAAUAUCCGCAUUUGGAACUAUAUGGGAGGCCUUCUUCGACGAAUAUCUUGUGGUAGUGAAACCGGGUUCUUCACUCUAGAUCUUCCAGCAAAUGGCCACUUAAUUGUGUUUUCUGAGAGAAACAAGACCCUUAAGGCUUGGGAUUUGGAUGCAGCAUCGGAUAUUCGGCAGCUGGGGACGCUCCACACAGCUGAUAAUGUAUAUACCGUCGCUGUGUCUCCCGACUCCUGUUACAUUGCUGCUGGAUGCGACGAUGGGAUGAUCUAUGUCUGGCGCGUUGCGCGACCAGAUCCUGGUGCUGUUAGCACAAAUGAGACGAGCAUUGAGAUAUUAUUGCAGUUUCAGGCUCACGAUGAGAAUGUCAUGGCUCUUUCAUUCACUCCAGAUAGCCGAAGUAUCAUCUCCGGUGGUAUGGAUUCAACCGCAAAGCUAUGGAAUAUUGAUUCCCUGAAAACCUUCGUUAACGAAGAUAUAACUUUCAACGACUGCACCCUGAUAUACAAAGCCCAUCAGGAUAUGGUCUUGAGUGUCUCCCCAGAUCCCACAGGCAAAUGGAUUCUAAGCGGCUCAAAGGAUAUGGCUGUGUAUCUAUGGGAUGUUGGCACUGGUGUUGCUGAGAUGCGACUUGGGGCCCAUGGAAACUCCGUCCUCGGUAUCGCAUGGAGUCCUACGGGUAAUAUUGUAGCGACUGGAGGCGGUGAUCGCGUUCUUCGGUUAUGGCGUCUACGCAGGAUUGGCCAAUAAUAUUACAUUCUACCACACACCCUAAGCUUUAUUAAGGAAAGAUACCCUUCAAAUCUGAUUGAUAUAAUAUAGUAGUGAAAGCGGCGCCGAAUCCAUUGCUAUUUACUUGAACCUUAGCUAUGUUCAACAGCUACUAUUCUUCAUCAACGAGGCUGCCUUUGAGGCGUCCAAUAUAGAUCAUACCCACAACCAAAUACCCUGAUACACUCCAUUGAACCCACCGAACCCUAACAAGCCGUCACCUUCGUAACAACCCUAGCUGGCGACUUAACCCCACCCAAUGCCACAGUAUAAGAUGUGGUAUUCGCCAAUGACCAAUUACCAGAACCUUCACCCCAAUAAUCCCCCCUAAUCACAGAAAUCUUCUUGUCGCGAUAAUUAUUCGUCACUGGCUCGGCUUCCUGUCUACACCGAAAAGCCGGAACACAGGCUGGGAUACAUGCGGCAAUAACACCGGUUCCAACUUCGAGAAUUGAGACGAUGGCUACGUUUGUUAUGGCGUCUAUAUAAUUGAUCUGUUAGUGGGUAGGGGGUUCUGUUCUCA